UCCUUUUUUUCUUACCAAAAUUGCAAUUUAUUUUGCUUCUGCUUCUUCAUUUACUUUUUCUUCACAAUCAUGGAUGAAGAAUACGACGUCGUAGUACUUGGAACAGGUCUCAAAGAAUGCAUCCUCAGUGGUUUACUCUCUGUAGAUGGUCUCAAAGUAUUGCAUAUGGAUAGAAAUGACUAUUAUGGAGGAGAAUCCACUUCCCUUAAUCUCAAUCAGCUUUGGAAAAGAUUUAGAGGCGAGGACAAGCCUCCUGAAAGCUUGGGGGCAAGCAGAGACUACAAUGUUGAUAUGAUCCCUAAGUUCAUGAUGGCUAAUGGUGGCUUAGUUCGCAUCCUCAUCCACACUGAUGUUACUAAAUAUCUGAAUUUCAAGGCUGUUGAUGGUAGUUAUGUGUACAACAAAGGGAAGAUACACAAAGUACCAGCAAAUGAUGUGGAAGCACUGAAAUCCCCACUGAUGGGAUUAUUCGAGAAGCGUCGAGCUAGAAAGUUUUUCAUUUACGUGCAAGAUUACGAUGAGAAUGAUCCCAAGUCUCAUGAAGGACUGGAUCUGAACAAGGUUAAAGCUAGAGAUGUCAUAUCGAAAUAUGGGUUAGAUGAUAAUACAGUAGACUUCAUUGGGCAUGCAUUGGCACUUCAGUUGGAUGAUAGUUACUUGGAUGAACCUGCUAUGGACUUUGUCAAGAGGAUGAAGCUAUAUGCAGAGUCGUUGGCUCGCUUUCGCGGAGGGUCUCCGUAUAUUUAUCCGCUUUACGGACUAGGAGAGCUACCUCAGGCGUUUGCUCGAUUGAGUGCUGUUUACGGUGGCACCUAUAUGCUUAGCAAGCCAGAAUGCAAGGUAGAAUUUGAUGCAGAUGGAAAAGCCUAUGGAGUAACAUCAGAAGGAGAAACUGCUAAGUGUAAAAAAGUUGUUUGUGAUCCUUCAUAUUUGCCUAAUAAGGUCAAGACAAUCGGGAAAGUAGCUCGUGCGAUAUGCUUAAUGAGCCAUCCGAUCCCAAGUACGCAUGAUUCUCAAUCAGUUCAGGUUAUUCUGCCCCAGAAACAACUUGGAAGAAAAUCAGAUAUGUACCUAUUUAGCUGCUCCUGCACUCACAAUGUAGCUCCGAAAGGAAAAUAUAUUGCGUUUGUUACAACAGCAGCAGAGACUGAUGAUCCUCAAACAGAACUGAAGCCAGGCAUUGAUCUUCUUGGACCUGUGGAUGAAAUAUUUUUCGAAACUUACGACAGAUAUGAACCCACUAAUCAGGAUGACGCUGAUAACUGUUUCAUUUCCACAAGUUAUGAUGCAACGACACACUUCGAGACUACUGUGCAAGAUGUGAUUGACAUGUAUAGCAAAAUAACUGGAAAGACACUCGACCUGACUGUGGAUUUAAGUGCUGCCAGUGCAUCCACCGAAUAAUUAUGAAGUUCAGUGAUUCACAGGUUGGAUGAACACAGCUACAAGAACUUUGAGUUCUGCAUUUUAUUUCUUUUGUUUUACUUAUCAUUCAAAACUUUCACAGAAUUGUACAUGUAGCUUGUUUGAGUUUUCUUGCCAAGUCUUCUACCUAAAAAGAUGCAGGAUGAAACCAUUUGGAAGAAUCAAAGAAACAGAGAACACAAACAGGCACUAAUGAUAAAAAAUUAUCAAUUUUGUAAUAAUUUUUUUAUUAUAUACGCAACUACUAGCUGAGGGAUGAUAAAAGUUGCACUUAAUCCUUUUUUGCUGGUUUAACUACUUGAGCUAUUGAAACUA